CGGAGCUUCCAGCAGACGAGCGGCGGAGGCCUUGCUUCGGACUACAGCGGAAUGAGUAACGGCGGUGGCAGCAGCCGCUCGCAGGCCAGCUGCCUCAGUGGGUAUGGUUGUGAAACGACCUGUAAAAAACGUGAUGACUAUUUAGAAUGGCCUGAAUAUUUCAUGGCUGUAGCUUUCCUGUCGGCUCAAAGAAGCAAGGAUCCAAAUUCUCAGGUUGGUGCAUGUAUUGUGAAUUCAGAAAACAAGAUUGUUGGGAUCGGAUACAACGGCAUGCCUAACGGAUGCAGUGAUGACUUGCUACCUUGGACAAGAACAGCAGAUAGUAAACUUGACACAAAAUAUCCCUAUGUGUGUCAUGCUGAACUGAAUGCCAUAAUGAACAAGAACUCUGCUGAUGUGAAAGGCUGCAGCAUGUAUGUUGCCUUGUUUCCGUGUAAUGAAUGUGCAAAGCUCAUCAUCCAGGCAGGUAUAAAGGAAGUUAUUUUUAUGUCUGACAAAUACCAUGAUACUCCAGAGAUGACAGCUGCACGGCGCUUGUUUGAUUUGGCUGGAAUUAUAUACAGGAAAUUCAAACCAAAGUGUGGUAAGAUAGUCAUUGAUUUUGAUUCAAUUAACAGCAGACCAAGUCAAAAGCCUCUGUGAGUUACAUCUAAUUAAAUCUCUAGAAGAUUGUGAUUAUCUUUUUCUUAGAAGCUGCUAAUGCCUUUCAUCUUGAAGUUAGGCAUAACUUUUUAAUAGCCACUACAGUUUAAGAAGACAUCUAAAGAAUAUGUUGGGCCUAGAUAAUUUUUGUCUUCACUGCCAUACUUUUAAGCUUUGACUUCCUGUACUUUGCCAAACCUUCUAUAAAUGGAACCUGUAGGUGAGACCUGAGUUUGAUAUGAAAAAUAAAAAAGUUGUUUACUUUUGGGAAUGAUUAUCCAACACCUGAUGUGAUUGAAGGGAAUCAAAAACACAACUAAUAGCCUAUAGAUAUUGACUCAAUUAAGAGAACUGAUAGACAACUUCAUUGACAUAACUGUAAGGGACCAUGUCUACUAGCAAGGAACAUGUAUACUAGCAAUUCUGUAUACUAGCAUGGAGCACAAAUUACUGAAAAUGUUGUCUUUCUGUACAUCUAUAUAGUAGCUGAAAUAUUAUGCUGUGUGAAAUCCAUACUGGUAUAUUAAACCUUGAUAUUUUACCAGAUGUUUAUCUCUUUAAUUGCUUCUUCUGUGGCAGUGUAGUAUAUCAGCAAGAAUAUUUGAAAAAUGUUUUGUAUUAAAUGUAGUUUUAGAAUAGCUUUAAUUCCUUUUCCCCAAGACACCUUCCAUUUGGUAGAGGAUAAGUGAAUAAAUCAUUAGACUUUCACCUAUGGGACCCUGUUUGGAACUGAUUUUAAUGUCUAAAAGGAAAUACGUUUAUUGGUCUAAAUCUCUGCUAGACAAUCCUGUGCAUUACAAUUCAGGAACCAGCCUCCAAAGUAACUUAAUCACUACUUUUCCUCUAAGGGAAAUGAGGAGAUUCAGUCCAUGCUGAGGUUGUACAUGCCAAAUGUCAUAAUUAUAGUUUUAGCUUGCUUUUAGUUGUUAAAAACUGGCCCCUUGCCAUAAGUUUCAGGAACAUUGGCUAAAGCUAUCAAAAGCUUUCAAUAUCUCCCCUUCAAUUUGAUUUUGAAAAAAAAUAUUUGCCUAAUUGUCUUUGUGUUGAAAAUGUCUCUGAUCCCAAAGGUUUUUGUAUGCUUUUUUUUAAAAAGUGAUGUAGGCUCUUAUUUUCUCUGUUGAAAUCAUUCUGUAUAUGAAGACAUUAUGUAAUUUGGCUUGCUACCAGUAUUAUGAAAGUCUUAU